AUGAAGUGGGCAGGUCGACGGCAGGAGCCACAGCACCAGCCCACGGCCACCAGCAGCAGCAGUUCCGGACUCAGGAGACGCGCGGAAAGGGAGAUAACAACAACGAAAAAAGGGGCCACUGGAAACGCCAGAGCGGAGAGGACACACGGCCAAUUCCUUUGUGAAGAUCACGCAGAGGACCUUCACACAAGAGAAAACCCACAGACACACACACCGACAGAACCAUGGUGGAAUACUACCAGAUUUUAGGAGUCCAGAGGAAUGCAUCGCAAGCGGACAUCAAAAAAGCGUACAGAAAACUGGCACUGAAGUGGCAUCCAGACAAGAACCCCGAAAACAAGGAAGAAGCAGAGAAAAGGUUCAAAGAGCUGUCAGAGGCAUAUGAGGUGCUCUCAGAUGAAAACAAGAGGGAUCUUUAUGACCGAUACGGCAAAGAAGGCCUUUCAGGAGGUGGAGGAGGAGGAGGAGGAGGCCAUUUCCACAAUGGCGAUCAUUUUGGCUUCACAUUCCGUAAUCCCGAGGAUGUGUUCAGGGAAUUCUUUGGCGGCAGAGAUCCAUUUGCAGAUUUCUUCGAUGACCCCUUUGACGAUUUCUUUGGCGGGAGUCGCGGUCACCAGCGGGGCGUGAGCCGAAACAGGACUGGGGGGUCGCUCUUCCACAGUUUUGGGGGCUUCCCAGGCUUUGGCGCAAGCUUCUCAGGGUUUGAUUCAGGUUUUACCUCAUUUGGACAGAUGGGCGGUGGAGGAUUCACCUCCUUCUCCUCUUCGUCCUUUGGUGGUGGAGGAGGAGGAGGAGGAAUGGGUAAUUUCAGAUCUGUGUCAACCUCCACCAAGUUUGUCAAUGGCAGAAAAAUAACCACAAAACGGAUUGUGGAGAACGGCCAGGAGCGGGUUGAAGUGGAGGAGGACGGUCAGUUAAAAUCUCUAACCGUUAAUGGUAAGGAGCAGCUCCUAAGACUGGAUAACAAGUAAUUAUCUCGGCACAGCAUUUGAGCGCCAUGCAGUUUUGACAUCUGGAAAAAGCUAAACUGGCCCAGUGGCUGUGUGUUUGCCUCCGGCGGUUGGUCUCCUCUCUCUGUGUCCUCCUGCUGAUAUUCACAUCUCAUUCCGAAGAAAGGUGUUCUUCUCAUUCUAGCUUAGCUGCAAGAGGAGGUGAGAGAGAUGUUCACAAGUUGUAUUUAUUCCAGUUUACUUUUUUUUUUUUUUUUCGGGGACCAUCUUAGUGGGAACAAGUGUUGUUUUUUUUUGUUUUUUUUUUUGGUUUAUUAUUAAGUUGUACCUUUUCACUUCUGCCAUAUGCACUUGAGCUAGGUGUGACAUUUUAUUUUCCCUUGGGUGGACAUUGCCUUUAUAGAUGUAGCAGGAAUCAAAACGCUGUACAUCAAUCCUGAGCAUGUCAUUUUUUGCUUUUUUUUUCAUUUGACCAGUUUAACGAGUGAAUGAUAGAAGCUUAACCCCUUUUGCCCUAAUGUCCUCAACUUGAAUUACACCUCGCUAACCUGUUAGCUGUGUACGUGUUCACAUCCAUACGAGAUGAAUGACAUAGAGUAUUAAUAAAUUAAUGAUGGUAAUGUGCAUUUUAUUUGCUUUUCUAUUUGUUUAUAUAUUUGUUUGGAUUUGGAGUAUGUUGUUUCAUUAAUUUCUGCAUGAUUGCUGAUUCCAGGAGGCUGCUUAUGAUUUUCUCUGUAAUUGUGUCAGCAACUCAAACCACGAUCGUAGACUACAGACCACAACCAUACAUUGUUAUCGGACAAACAGGGGAUUUUAUGUACUUUGUAAAAAAGAAAAGGAUUUAAAAAAAAAAUAAUAAUAAUAAAGGAAAGGUUUCAGAUUUGGUCAAUAAACUUGAGUUUGACGUCGUGGAAAGGCUGUUGCAGUCA